AGAAGAGUCACGUGGUGCCUGGGCCGGGGAAGAUGGCGGCUUCUGGGGAAAGCGGGGCUUCGGGCGGCGGAGGCAGCACGGAGGAGGCGUUUAUGACCUUCUACAUUGAGGUGAAACAGAUAGAGAAAAGAGAUUCAGUUCUAACAUCCAAAAAUCAGAUUGAAAGAUUGACCCGUCCUGGUUCCUCCUACUUCAAUUUGAACCCAUUUGAGGUUCUUCAGAUAGAUCCAGAAGUGACAGAUGAAGAAAUAAAAAAGAGGUUUCGGCAGUUAUCCAUUUUGGUGCAUCCUGACAAAAAUCAAGAUGAUGCUGACAGAGCACAAAAGGCUUUUGAAGCUGUGGACAAAGCUUACAAGUUGCUACUGGAUCAGGAACAAAAGAAGAGGGCCCUGGAUGUAAUUCAGGCAGGAAAAGAAUACGUGGGACACACUAUGAAAGAGCGAAAAAAGCAAUUAAAGAAGGAAGGAAAACCUACAAAUGUAGAGGAGGAUGAUCCAGAGCUGUUCAAGCAAGCAGUAUACAAACAGACCAUGAAACUCUUUGCUGAGCUGGAAAUUAAAAGGAAGGAGAGAGAAGCCAAAGAGAUGCAUGAAAGGAAGCGACAAAGGGAAGAAAAAAUUGAAGCUCAAGAAAAAGCCAAACGUGAAAGGGAGUGGCAGAAAAACUUUGAGGAAAGUCGAGAUGGUCGUGUGGACAGCUGGCGGAACUUCCAAGCAAAUACAAAGGGGAAGAAAGAGAAGAAAAACCGGACCUUCCUGAGACCACCAAAAGUAAAAAUGGAGCAGCGAGAGUGACUCCCUGGGGUCACAGCCACGGAACCUUUGCCCAACUGUCUCCCCUCCUGCUUUGAAGGACUCAUUCUUUCCUCCCACUUCCACCCCAACAUAGAUAGUAUUUGCUUUUUAGGCCAUUUUGUUUUCAAUACAAUUUAAUAUCAAUCAGAGUAAUUCUUUUGUACAUUGAAAUGAGGGGCUUGGUUUAAAAAGAAACCUUCCUCACCCCUUACCCCUAGGCCAACCGAGAUUGGAAGGUGCCACCACGGGCUGCCUUCUCCUCCCUGGAACUUAAUGUUUUUACUCCACUGGAUUGCCCAGUUAGAGGCUUCGUGUAGUUUGUGGAAAUCACCCAAUUAAACAUGUUGCUUAAA